GACGUGUUCAUUUUGGUAUCACCGUGUUUUUCCGUUGAGAUACUAUACGUCAAUCUGUCUUUCGGUUGGCUAAUUUUCAAUAUGCAGAAUAACAUGGAUCAAAGUAAUGUAGACCGAACACCAAGUGGUGAUAUUCAUAAUUUUGAAUUAAAUGUGCAAAGCCGAGAUAAUAGUUUAAAUUUCGGUAUCAACGUUCUUUCAGACAAUGAAAACAAUGAAGAUUCAAGCAGCCAAAGUAUUGAUAAUAAUUCAGCUGCUAUAACGGACGACUUACUUAAUAUUGAUGGUCAAGUAAUGAGAAGACGAGUAUAUGCAGAGAAUAUGUGGGCUGAGCCAUUACCCGAUUUGAGGGGUCAAUUCAGAGAUUGUAGCUUAACUUUUUAUAGAGAAAAUCCAACACAUACGUUGAGAUUACGUGCAUUUGUCUUAAGAGAAGUAAAUGUUUUAAGAACUCUUAUUUCACUUGAUAUGACGCAUAGACCUCCUUUUGCAAGUACUAAUGAUGGAGUUUUUACAUCAUUUAUAAUGCGUUUAAUCGUAUUGUAUGAUAUAACAAACACGCGUUUGAUAACCAUACUAACUCCUUGUAUUGGAAACUUCGCCGAGCAUUUCCUCCACGAGUUACAUAACUUUGCAAGUAGUCCAUAUAGAUUGGUUGACUAUGAUCUUAAUGUACGCUACGCUCAUGGUAGCUAUUUCUCUCAAUAUUCCAUGCUGUAUUCUGAGUACUCCGAAUUAAAUAAUGAAGAUAUAGUUGAGCAACCAAUAUAUGUUACAUCACCGGAUCAUAGGGAUGAACCGAAUGUAGUGAAUACGGAUGACGAAGAUAAUGAAAAUUCUCCUUUUAUUGUUAUGUCGCCGUCAGAAGUUAUUGAAAUUAAAUCUGCUUCUGGGGAAUCUGAUGUUCAAAUCAUAAACAUUGAUACUGAACCUUCUGCAGAAACAGAAAGGGAUCAGCCGUUCCAGCUUAAUCAUCAACCAAAUUGUCCAAGUAUGACACGGCCAAAUGAGAGUCAAAUAAAUACUGUAGAGAACAUCAUUAAAGAUAGUUCGUCAGACGAUGAGACAAUCGAAAUUAAUACCCGUACGAAACCAGAAGAUGUUAUGAAUAAGAAGAAAAGAAAAAAGUAUGGUGUUGAAUUUAUGAGGUUCGACUUGGUAGCAGAGCUCGAUCGAGCUCAGAGUCUUCAUUUUCAGAUAAUACAGAGGCAAACUAAAUUAAAUUAA